GUCUCAUGAAUGCGUCACGAGACUUGUGUGCUUGUCAUCAAAAGCAGAAGACUGGGCUCGGUCUUGUGAUAAGGAAGCGAGGAGUGAGCAGAAGGGCAGGACGGGACGUGGUGGUAUUGAACACAGUCAUCUGAGAGAUGGAUUCUCGCUUCCUCUGCGCCUUCUUGCUGCCUUUUCUUGCGUUCGCUCAGGCUGAGCAGGUGAAGUUCGCUGACUGUGGCUCAGUUUCUGGAAAGGUGGUCGAGGUUGACAUUCAGCCCUGCCCAGAUCAGCCGUGCCAGCUUCACAAAGGACAGAGCUAUUCUGUAAAUGUGACAUUCAACAGUGUGGUUGAGAGUCAGACCAGCAAAGCUGUGGUUCAUGGAGUGAUCGCUGGUGUCCCUGUUCCUUUCCCCAUCCCUAUUGAGGAUGGCUGCAAAUCUGGAAUCCAGUGCCCCAUUCAGAAGCAUAAAUUAUACAGUUAUGUCAAUGAGCUACCUGUCAAGGCAGAGUACCCCCCAAUAAAAUUGGUUGUGGAGUGGGAACUGAGAGACGACUCCAGCAAAGAUUUGUUUUGCAUCAAGUUUCCCGUUCAGAUUGUGAGCUGAGGGUCGACAUGGAUGCCAACAGAGCUGCUUCAAAAGGGAAACCGUUGCUUACAAUAACAGAUUCUUCUUGCAUUUUUCUAUUAACUCACCUUUUUAGAAAAUUGAUUUGGAUACAUGUUUUAUAAUUUGGUUAGUUUUCUUAUUAAUGACUGUCAUUUUAAAUUGACAUUUUCUCUAAUUUACUGUACACAUUGUUUAGGAUAGUGUUAUGAAAAAAGGUAUCCAUGAUCAUCUCAGUGAGAUACUUUGAAUAAUGUUGAGUGUUCAGUGUUGAAUAUAACAUUCUGGUAUAUUUUUUCCACUUUCUUGGCUGCUGUGUGGCUAAACAAUGGUAAUCUAAAUCUUCUAACCAGAAGUGUCAAUUUAAGAACACACAGAGUUAAGAUUUUGCAUUUGAUUUUAAAACAUUUAAAAAAUGUAUAUAUUAAACAUUGUAAUUGGAAUAAUGCUUGUCUGUCUGAAAUAAAGAACUUUUAAUUAUG